AUAAACCCCCUACGUCUCGAAACCCUAUCAUUUCUCCAUCACGUCUCUUUGCUGCAGCAGCUGCAAUGGGCUCAGAUUUCGAGUCCAUUCCCUUAAUAGAUGUCAGUCCUCUUCUAGAGAAAUUUAAUGAUCCCAAGAUGGCCGAAGAUGAAGGGGUACUUAAAGUUGUGAGACAGUUGGACGAGGCUUGCAAAGGGGCUGGUUUCUUUUAUGUGGUACUGUCAGGAAUCCUUAGGGGUCUUAUGCCCCGCGAAGAAAAAGAGGUGACUCGUAAAUUCUUUGAACUCCCCUAUGAAGAAAAACUUAAGAUUAAGAUGUCAUCAGAAACUGGAUACAGAGGAUAUCAAAGAAUUGGUGAAAAUGUAACUAAAGGUACCCCUGACAUUCAUGAAGCAAUUGAUUGCUAUACGGAGAUUGAACCAGGAACAUAUGGAGCACUUGGGGGACCUCUAGAAGGUUCAAAUUUAUGGCCCAAUAAUCCUUCAAAUUUCAAACCCCUUAUGGAGCAGUAUAUCUUCCUUCUCAAAGAGCUCUCAAGGAAAAUAAUGUGCGGAAUUGCUUUGGCAUUGGGUGGCCAAGUAGAAGCAUUUGAAGGAAAAAUAGCAGGAGAUCCCUUUUGGGUAAUGCGAUUAAUUGGAUACCCAGGUAUAUCUGAUGACAAAAGCCUAGAGAAGAACUGCAAUGAUAUCGGAUGUGGAGCGCACACAGAUUAUGGUCUCCUGACAUUGGUUAACCAAGAUGAAGAUAUUCAUGCUCUUCAGGUGAGGAACCGAUCAGGUGACUGGAUAUUUGCAGUUCCUAUACCUGGAACUUUUGUUUGUAAUAUUGGUGACAUGCUCAAGAUUUUGUCCAAUGGAAUUUACGAGCCAACUUUACAUAGAGUGAUCAACAACUCUCCGAAGUAUCGUGUUUCUGUUGCAUUCUUUUAUGAGACAAAUUUCGAUACACAUGCGGAGCCAUUGGCCUUUUGUGUGCAGAAGACCGGUGGGGUUGCAAAAUAUGAGGGAGCUGUUUAUGGAGAGCAUUUAGUUAGCAAGGUGACUACCAACUUUGUUAUGUAGAAAGACUUCUCACUUCUUAUGUUUCUGUAUUCAAGUUUGGGAAUUCGUGUUGUUUAGACCUGUAGAUGUAUUGUCUUUGUAGUUAACAAAAUAAAUUAUGUGGAUAAAUAAAUUCACCUUCAUUCAGAAAA